AUGAAAUUGUCAAGUCUGUACAGACAAAAAAUUGAAAUAAACUAUUGUUCUAAUCAGGGCCCAGUAAAAAUAAACUAUUGUUCUAAUCAGGACUCAGUAAAAAUAAACUAUUGUUCUAAUCAGGGCCCAGUAAAAAUAAACUAUUGUUCUAAUCAGGACUCAGUAAAAAUAAACUAUUGUUCUAAUCAGGGCCCAGUAAAAAUAAACUAUUGUUCUAAUCAGGACCCAGUAAAAAUAAACUAUUGUUCUAAUCAGGACCCAGUAAAAAUAAACUAUUGUUCUAAUCAGGACUCAGUAAAAAUAAACUAUUGUUCUAAUCAGGACCCAGUAAAAAUAAACUAUUGUUCUAAUCAGGACUCAGUAAAAAUAAACUAUUGUUUUAAUCAGGACUCAGUAAAAAUAAACUAUUGUUCUAAUCAGGACUCAGUAAAAAUAAACUAUUGUUCUAAUCAGGACUCAGUAAAAAUAAACUAUUGUUCUAAUCAGGACCCAGUAAAAAUAAACUAUUGUUCUAAUCAGGACUCAGUAAAAAUAAACUAUUGUUCUAAUCAGGACUCAGUAAAAAUAAACUGUUGUUUUAAUCAGGACCCAGUAAAAAUAAACUGUUGUUUUAAUCAGGACCCAGUAAAAAUAAACUGUUGUUUUAAUCAGGACCCAGUAAAAAUA